CUGUACUAUCACAACAAAUAAUUUUCAUGAGCUCUUCUUUGUGACAACUUUCUUCCUAAAUUUUAUUUUUGUACGGGAAAUAAAUGUCCCCAGACUGAGUGUUUUGUGUUUAGCCCUAUCUUUCAAUUCGUGUAGUAUUUAUGAGCCUUGAGCCUUUAAAUUAUUGCUGCCCUCAAGUCAAGUAACCUUUCAAGUUGACAGUUGCCGCAGCAGAGUGACUGAAAUAGUCCAAAAUGGCAGAUUACUGGAAGUCUCAGGAGAGAAAGUUCUGCGAUUUUUGCAAGUGCUGGAUAUCGAACAAUAAACCGAGCGUUCAAUUUCAUGAAAAUGGGAAGAAACAUCAAGAAAAUGUGGCAAGAAGAAUUUCAGAGAUCCGGCAGAAAAGUGCAAAAGCUCACGAGAAAAAACUUGAAGUUGACAAAGAAAUGGAAAAAAUGGAACAAGCUGCCCUACAAGCUUACCUGAAAGAUAUUGAAAGCAAUCCGGACUACACAUCCAACGUAAUCAAAGAGGAAGUAGCAAGAGCCAAAGCUGAGAAGGAACAACGACUGAAAGAAGCGGAAAAAGAAAGGAGACAAAAAGAAACCCUAUCCGCAGAAGCUGAAGCUACAAAAAGCACAGUAGAAACCCCUGCUAGCAAAAAAUGGUUCGAGGCACGUUCACCAGAGGGCUACUCGUAUUACUGGAAUGUUGAAACUGGAGAAUCCAAAUGGGAACUACCUGAAGGCGCUUAUGUUAGCUUAGAAGAACAAUUGAAAGAAGCAGAAGAGAAAAAGAAAUUAGAGGAAAAGAAAAAAGAAGAAGAAGAGAAAAAACGAGCUGAACUAGAACUGAGGAAAAGGAAAUUAGAAAUAGAGCAAACCAAUGAAAGAACCAAGCAUUUACCUUCGUUUGGACCUGCUCCUAGGCCAGCAAGACCAGAUCCGUAUGGAGGUUGGCAAACCGUGCAAACAGAUGAAGAGCCUGUCGAUUUGCAACUUCCAGAGCAAGAAUACGUUGAGCUGAAUGUACCUGAAUUACAAUCAGAUGCGCCAAAAAUUGAAUUCAAAGAAAAAGUAAUCACGUCUCUGAAAGACUUCGUUCCAGAUAAUGUUAAACAAGAAAAAGGUGUAUCUGCUUUCAAGAAAAGAAAAUUUAAUCCAAAAGGUAAUGCUCGCCAAAGACUAGAUAAUGACUGAGUAGAAAGGCACCAUUUCCAGGUGUAUUUAAAUUUUUGGAGGUGCAGUGUUAGUCAUGAGCUCUCUCAGAGUCGUUUCAAAGGAGUCUAGACUUUACGGUAAAUCUAGUUUCAUCGUAUGAAUUUACCAUUGGUUUAAACUUGCAACAAACUACCUGCAAAAAUGAUUUUCAUUUCUUCACAUUGUAGUUCAGAAUGCAAGUAUAUUUCCAGUAAGGUUACUUGAGACUUGAACCUGUUAUGGGAGUUCAUAAUGGCUCACUGUGUUCUGAACUGAAACUGUAACGUACUGUUUGGUUUGACAGACCUUCGAUCUUGGCCCCUUUUGAGCAAUUUUGCUCAAUUUUGUAGCCUAGUAAAGUUCUGGUCAACACAGUUUGACUAGUCAGAUUUGAGCCAGUGAAAUGGUCGAAUCGCGGAAGAUUAAAUUUCAUUGAACUCGAAAACUAGGGUUUUUUCAGUUCUUGUUUUCUUUUACACAGUUGCUAAACAUGUAUCUUGAUUGCAAAGGUUUUUAAAAUUUCAGCUUUUUGUUUAUUUUUGUAGAGAGAAAUCUAUGAAUGUAAGUUUUUAAAAGUUUUCUAGAAUAUUCUGCACAGGAUUGAAGAAAAAGAGUAAAAUUUCUAAACAUCAAUGUCACUGUUUUUUUCCUUAAAAAAGUAAAAUGAGACAAUAAAUCUGUAAUUUUGAAAAUCAAGGUACAUUUUAUGCACGUGGAUACUUAAUUGCGGUCCUGAGCAAAAUUGUAUCGUGUAGCUCGAAAACCGAUAAUGCCCAUUUUCUCCAAUUUUAGGAAGUUAGAAGUUUAGGAAGUUAAUUUAAGAAGUUAAUAAUUACAGGAGUGGAUUUUAGAAAAAGAUCCCUAACCGUCUCCAGCUCCUCUUCCUUCCAGGACGGAGUAAUUAAAAACAAAGGAUAUCGGAACUAGUGGUUUUUGCAUGAAACAAAAAAAUCUCAGAGUUUUGAAGCUGUUUGAAAUCUUCAAAAUUCAUUUUAAAGAGAUCAAAACUGUAGAUUAUCAUUCAAAUAAAAAAAUUAAAAUAAAAUUCUUGACAUUUUCAACAUUUAUAACAAGUUUCAUCUCGAAGCUAACAGCGAUAAUCUGGACAUUGGCGGUUUUCGCACAAUUUGCACGUGGACCGUUAUGAAACAUUAAUAACGCAUAUUUUUAAGCACAGUUUGUAUUGAAAAAUUAAAAAUAAGUAUCUGUAGAACGACAAACAAUGAAAAUAAACAAAAACAAUAAGGGGAACCUCUUAAAGCAUCUCCUAACUCGCUUUCAUCAUUCUCUUCAUUGGAGGAGUCAUUAUUUGACUCUGUGAGUGGCCAAGUCGCUGUAAAGCUCAAAAAGUUUUCGGGUUUCUUACCCUAACAGUCUCAAUUAAAAGAUUAGAGGGUGGUAUUUAAUUUUAUCAUGAUUUUAAAUCAAACAUUACUUCAAUUAUGAGGCAUAUUGCGGAAGAUGGACAUUAGCGGUUUAUGCACGAUUUGCAACCAAGGAUCCUUCCUUGAAAGGGGCUCAAAGGUAAAAAACAAACAUGUUCACCACAUCAAUGAAUGUGUUUAACCUCCAAGGGUGUUUUAACCCAAAAAUCUCAAAAUUAAAAAAAAUGGACAUUAGCGGUCUUUGCAAGACACUAUUCAAUUAUGAGAGACAUAUUUUUUCAAAGGCAAAGACAUUUUUUUUGACAAGUUCCAAAAAAUGGAAGUAUUUAUUCUCAUAAGCAAUAUUACUUUGUCGGAUCAGAUUAUCUGUUUCUAGAAUGGGUCAAUUGCAGACAAGAGAUGAGGCUAUCUCAAUAGACUCCUAGUCGGUAAAAUCACUUGAUAACGUUGUGUACAUCAAAAAUGUUUAAUAUACAUUCAUUAAUGGGUAAGUUAUGUAACAGGUAAUGAUUAAAUUGUAACGCUCUUUUCAUGAAAGUGAUAUCAUGGCUUCUCUGUGAGCACAGAUGUAUAAAAGAAAUUUCAAAUGACUGAAUGAAACGUAUGACAUUAGCCAAUCAUUUUGUACAGAUGCAAUUUUACCUCUAACCUCAAUUUCUGAGUUAACGCCUUCUAUUACUAUUACAUUGUAUGAUCCUGAGUAGACUGGAUGUUAUUUAUGUCGAUCAUCUAAUUUAAGUGUACCAAAUUGCCGAUGCAAAAAAUAGCCGGGGUUUUUCGGUUAUUUUUUUCCGCCUGAGGAUGAGAGUUGCUGUUUCAAAACGUCCUCUGUUUUUAAUUAGUUUAUGAUAUUUUCUUCCUUUGCGGCCUUUCCCUAAGUUAGAUUGCUAUCUUAUAAUAUGGUUUGCUAAAUGGUUGUUCAUUAUUCCUCUGCAUUACGAGGUCUUUUUCUUGACCAGGGGUGGCUACCCGCACUCUUGAUUACAAACCAUAGAGAAGCCGGAACACAUCUUACCUGCAAUGACAAGGGCGUGCGCCAGAGAGACUCUACUUUGAGAAUCUUUACUUAGGCGUCCCAACACCUGGAAACCGAACUCUAUUGCUUCUGAGGCCUUGUUGUGCCCCUGAAACACAUAGAAGAAAAACGAAACGUUUCAGUCAAAAUACAUAUGCCCCUUUUAUUUCACAAAUAUUUAUGUAAGUAGGAAAACACCCAAGAGGUAUUUUCCAGUAAGAGAUACCGUCAGGGGGUUUGAAAUGUUAUGUUUGAACAAAAAAGGUUCCCAUUCACCGAUGUUAAUAAAACUUUACCAGUUUUCUUUAUACAGAACUAUGCUGGUUCCGUUGCCUUUCUAAUAAGUCUUAGCUGGCAAAUCGAUAACCUCAUUUCUCAGUUAUUUUUUCCCGCCAGAGGACGAGAGUUGCUGUUUCAAAACGUCCUCGAGUCCUUAUUAGUUUAUCAUAUUUUAUGCCUUUGCAGCCUUUCCCUAGGUUAGGUUGUUAUCUUAAAACAUGGUUUGCUGAAUGGUUGUUGCUUAUACUUCUGCAUUACAAGGUCUUUUUCUUGACCAGGGGUGGCUAUCCCCACUCUUGAUUACAAACCGUAGAAAAGCCGGAACACAUCUUACCUGCUAUUGCCAGUAUAUGUGCUACAGACACCCUUUUUUGAAGGUCGCUGUCAAGUUUACUCAAAACGGAGAAAGCAAAAUCAAUGGCACUAGCUGCCUUCUUGUGCCCCUGAAACACAUAGAAGAAAAACAAAACGUUUCAGUCAAAAUACAUAUGGAGUUAAGAUCCUUACUGCAAAA